GUAAAUAUGCCUAUAAUCCUUCUAUCGUAGAUUAUCGGUUAAUAUUACCGAAAGAAUUAACAAGAGCGCAGUACAAUAUGCAUGUAGAUGUUUGGGUUUUUAGUAGCGCGGGAAAAAAAACUGGUAAAAACCUGCAUGAAUCGUUGUCAAAAAAAAACUGCAUGCGAACCCCCAACUGUAAUCUAAAUUCGAAAAUUAAUGCUGUAUUGCUACUCCUUCCCUUUAGUAAAAACCAAAAUUAAAAAAAAAAACAAACAGUAUAAUGCCCGCCAAAGAGAAGUUGAACAUCCUGAAAUCAUUCCUCUGUGAUUUAUCCAACACCCAACGCUUAAUCAACAAAUCCAACAAGAUUAAAUUAUGCAUCGAUGAUAUAAAUGUCGAAACAAAAGAUGAUGAUGAGAUAAAGAAGGUUGCUAAUUUAACAAAAGAUGUUAUUGAAGAACUUACCCAUGAGAUUACAGAAAUUAAAAUUGGGUUUAAUAAGUUCUAUCAGAACGAAUUUAGUGAUAAUGACCUAGAAAGAUGUGAUACAAUUAAACCUGAAAAAGACGUUGCGAACGGCAAUAUAAAACCUAAAAGGGAUCAAAAAAUAACCAAAUCUAACGAAAACAUUGCAGAAAGUGAUGAUAAUAAAGAAGAAAAAAGUUAUAUUAGAUGUGUUGAUAUUAAAAAAUUAAUGGAUAAGAAUUCAUCAACCCCAAAGAAAAAUUCCUCAGUAAUUGUUUUGUCAGAUUCAGAAUCACCUAUAAGAAUAUCAGAAAGUGUUUCUGUAAUUAAAAUAACAAAAUCAAAAUCAAAAAUUAUUGAAAAAUCUCCAACAAAAAGUGUACUAAAAACACCAACAACCACCGAAUCAAACGAUUCAAAGAAAAAGAAAAACGUUUCAUUUCGUGACCCCGAAACAAGUGAAAUUGACGAUUUAGAAGAAGUACAUCAAACUCAAAGUACUCGAUUACAUCGCAAAACUAAACCAUUGGAUUUACACGAUUUAAGUAGUUUAUCGUCCGAUGAUAGCAGUGGGUGUACUUCAAGUGAAGAAAUUGCUCAAACUACUAAAAGAAAAGUACUAACGAAACGUAACAAAAGGAUUCGUCCUGGUAGUCCAAUACCUAGUAAAUUAGUUAAUCCAGUAGAAUGUGAUAAGAAAUUAGCUGGAAAGUGUUACAUUGCUUUGACAAGAAUUCAUCCUGAUCUACUUAAGAGAAAUUACGAAAAACUCCUCCUUAAAAAUGAAGUUAGAAGAUUGACCAACAUGCAUUCUUUAAAACGAAACCGAAAAGAGCGACAUAAUUCUUCAUCAUCCGAUAGCAGUACUUCCUCCGCUUCUAAUAAUCAAAAGAAACGGUCGAAAAGUAUCAAAAAAAGUACAAAUUUAAAAUCGUCAAGCAGCGAUACUGACGUGUCAAACGCGGAGAAUGAUUUUACGAAUGCAAUAAUUGAUAAGAGCGGUUGUAUUGGAGAAGAUGGUGAUUGUGAAAAUGAAGAAGCAAUGGUUCAAGAUUUAUUGUAUGGUAUUGGAAAUGAAGAGGAGGUUAUUGGAGAUGUGGAAAUUGGAGGUGAAGAAGAAAUUGGGAUUGGAGAGGAAGAGAAUGGUGUUGGAGUUGUAGAAAAUGUUAGGUUGGCUGAAAAUGCUAAGGAUGAAGAUGAUGAUGGUGUAGUAGCAGAAGUUGGUUUACAAGAGGAAGUGAUUGGUAUGGAGGAAGAAGUUGAUGAAAUCCAAACGGAUCAAAUUAUAGAAAAAAAGAAAAGUGACAAAACAUCAGAUGAUGCUGUGGGUGAUAAAAACGAUGAAAGUAAAAUCAAGAAUAAUGAAAAGAGUAAAUGGAAAAAUGAUAAACUACUUACUGCGCGAUUAAGUGAUUCCUCAGAUUCGGAAGGCGAUAACAAAAAAAAGAAAAAAUGUCAUAAGAAAAAAUCGAAAAGUAAAAAACAACAAUCAAACAGUAUAGAGAAUAAAGAUAAGGGAGAAGAAGUACAAGAAAAACAAACAGAAUUGCAUAAAAACUCAUUAAAUAAAGACAACGAAAGUGAUUCAGAUGUGCUUUCAAAAAAGAAAAGUGAUAAAAGCGACGGUUCUGGAAGUGAUUUUGAUGUAGGUGCAUUAAAGAAAAAGAAGAAAAAGAAAGAAGAAGAAAGUGAUGAUACAUUCGCAAAGUUUUGGGAAAAGAAGGAAAAGUUAAUUGAAAAAAGUGAAGCUGAUGAGGUACCACAACCUAAAAAAAUUAUCAAAAGGAUUGGAAAGAAGAUCCGUCGAAUCCUUGCCAAUUCAGAUUCAGAUUCCGAUUAUUCUCAAAAUAAAGAGAGUUCAGAUUCUGAUUCAUCGAAAUCUUCAGCUAAAGAUUCCGAAUCUGAAAUGAAAGAACCCGCAGAAAAACCGACGAAAAAAAGGCGUAGAAUCAAAAAGGUCAAAUCUAGUAGUGAUGAAGAUGGGGAAGAUAAAUCUACAAGAAAACAAAUUAGGAAAGUUUUAAAUCGAGAUUCAUUAUCUGAAACUACUAUUGCAGCUGAAAAAGAGGAAGCUGAAAGAAAAGCCCGUAUAUUAGAAAAACAGAAAAAGUAUAAUCAAAUUUUUGAGCCUGAUUCAUUAGAAAAAUCAACUGUAGACAAAGUCGUAUUAGAUUUUGAAGAUGAUAAAGAAACCUUAGUAGUUCAUAAAGAUAUCACAAAAAAUUUAAAACCUCAUCAAGCAAAGGGUAUUCAAUUUAUGUGGAAUACAUGUUUUGAAUCGGUCGAACGAGCACAAAAGGAAUCUGGUUCCGGUUGUAUUUUAGCCCAUUGUAUGGGUUUAGGAAAGACAUUACAAGUAAUUUCUUUAGUACAUACCCUAUUAACAAAUCAAGAGAAAACAAAAAUACAAAAAGCUUUAAUUGUUUGCCCAUUGAGUACUGUAUUAAAUUGGGUUGCGGAAUUUAAAAAAUGGCUACCCAACGAAGAUGAAGAAAUAAAUGUAUUCGAUAUAGUGCAAUAUAAACAAAACGUUGAACGAUUAUAUCAAAUAAAAGAAUGGGAUCGUUGCGGUGGAGCUUUGGUUUUAGGUUAUGAUAUGUUUCGUAAUUUAACUAACUCAACAGGAAAAAGAAUGAGUAAAAAGUUAAAACAAGGUUUUCAUAAAUAUUUAGUUGAUCCAGGUCCGGAUUUGGUAGUUUGUGAUGAAGGUCAUCUAUUAAAAAAUGAAAAAACCUCGCUCAGUAUUGCAAUGAAUAAAUUAAAAACAGCUCGAAGAAUUGUUUUAACAGGAACACCACUACAAAAUAAUUUAAAGGAGUAUUGGUGCAUGGUACAAUUCGUUAAGCCAAAUCUUUUGGGAACAUAUAAAGAAUAUUUAAAUCGAUUCGUUAAUCCAAUCGUUAAUGGACAGUAUACAGAUUCAACAGAACAUGAUAUCCAAUUAAUGAGAAAACGUUCUCACGUUCUACAUAAACUUUUAGACGGCGUCGUGCAAAGAAGAGAUUACGCCGUUUUAGCACCGUUUUUACCGCCAAAACACGAAUAUGUUUUAUUUGUUGCACUCACCAAGAAACAAAUACAACUUUAUAAUCAUUAUAUGAAAGAAAAAGCUCGACGACCACAAGAAGGUACAGGAAGAAGUUCAUUUCUAUUCGUUGAUUUUCAAGAAUUACAAAGAAUUUGUACUCAUCCAAGAGUUUUAUUAGAUAAAAGUAUUGAAAAUAGAAUUGCAAGGGAUAAAAAGGAAUGGGAAAAUGAUGAAUCUGAAGGUUCCUUAAAAGAUUUUAUUGAUGAUGGAAGUGAUAAAACGGAUACAACGAAUUCAUCAAGUAGUAGUGGUUCUGAUUCCGAUUCAAGCAAUGACUCAAAUAAGAAAAAGAAAGCUGCUGUUGCAAGUCGAAGGCGAGUUACUCGAGCUACAGCAGGGCAAGUAUCAGAAAGUGAAGAAGAUCAGGCUCAAGAAGAACUUGAUCCUUUAGAAUGGUGGAGAGAAUUCGUUACUAAUGAUGAUUUAGAUGACAUUUUAAUUAGUGGAAAAUUAGGUCUUUUAUUUGAGAUUUUGAAACAUUGUGAAAGCAUUGGAGAUAAAGUAUUAAUAUUUUCUCAGUCGUUAUACUCAUUGAAUGUGAUAGAAUAUUUUUUGGCAAAAGUCGACGAUGCAACUCAAAACAGCGCAAGUGGGUCUUAUUGCGGAUUUUCAGGGUCUUGGUCUCUCGGUUUAGAUUAUUUUAGGUUAGAUGGUUCGUCUUCCGCCGAUAAUCGAGCUGCGUGGUGUAAUACUUUUAAUAACCCAGAAAAUGUUAGAGCCAGGUUAUUUUUAAUUUCUACAAGAGCCGGUGGAUUAGGUAUUAAUCUGGUUGCGGCAAACAGAGUGAUUAUUUUUGAUGUUUCUUGGAAUCCAUCCCAUGACACUCAAAGUAUAUACAGGGUGUAUCGAUUUGGACAAAAUAAACCUUCCUAUAUUUAUAGAUUUGUUACUUUGGGCACUAUGGAAAUGAAAAUUUAUGAGAGACAAGUUAUAAAACAGGCUAUUUCUAAAAGAGUUAUUGAUGAACAGCAAAUUGAUAGACAUUACAACCAGAAUGAUAUUGCUGAAUUAUACAAAUUUGAACCAGAACCUGAAGCUGAAAGGCCGAUUCCAUUAGUCCCUGUAGAUGUUUUAUUGGGAGAACUUCUUCAACAAGAUCAUAAAAUCUACAAAUACCACGAACAUCAAUCUCUUUUAGAAAAUAAAGAAGAUGAGGUUCUUGAUGAAGCCGAGAGAAAAGCUGCUUGGGAAGAAUUUGAAAACGAAAAGAAAGCUCGUCAAUAUUCUGGCUCGAUUAAUCACAUCCCAAUACCAUCGAUUGUUAGAGCUUUAACAAGUAUACUACAAAGAGAAUCUCCUACAAUAACUCCUCAACUUAUAAACGAGCUUGUACCGAAUAUGUUACAAGAAUUGCAAGAGAAAUUAGCACAAGGAGAUAAUUCAUUGUACAACCAAGUUUUAAAUGAGAUCCGUUUAAUGCAAGCGACGGCUCAACAACAAAGAAUUGAAGAGUAUUAUAGAUUACAACAACAGCAACAACAAAAUAUGUUAUUACAACAAUAUCAACAACAAUUAUUAUCAAAUCCAGUUGCAGCUGCUCAGUUUAUGAGCCAAUUUGGACAACUUGGUCAACAAGCUAUUAAUGCAAUGGCUGGUUUUUCUAGAGGCGGAGCUCGGAUGCCACAACCAGGACUUAGAAUGCCUGGAAAUGUUGCUAGGGGAAAUAAUCAGCAAAAUAACCAACAAAAUAAUCAGCAAUCAAGAAAUAAUCAAUCCAGUUCUGCGGAAAUUAUAGAAUUAAAUGACUGAAUUUAGUAGUGUUAAUGAGUAUGUAUUAUUUUUUAGCCCUCUAAUGAUUUUAAGUAAACUAAUUUAUACAAAAAGUUUGACUUUUUGGGAGAUUUGUGUAGAAUAGUGUUUCUUUUUCAACUCUUUGUGUUAGCUAUUUUACAUUAAUUCAUUAUAUGUGUAUGUACAAAGAAAUUUAAAAGAAAAAAAUAAUUGUUGUAAUUUAUGCAUUAUGUUUACAACGCUUAAGGGGCUAAAAUAGAUAUAAUGUUAGGAUAUACCUAUUUGCAUAGUCUAAAUGUUUGUAAAGUAUCCGUAAUCACAACCUUCUCAAAAAUCUUGUUUUUUUCUUUGAAUUUUUCAAUUGUUGCGAAUUGCUCAUUGAUUUUUUUUGUAUAUUUAGCAAGAACAAAUUAUUUAUAACUGAUUCCUAUGAUACUAUUUAUGAACCAGUUGCAUAACUUUUUCAAAUAAAUUAUUAAAACAAUA